AUGGGCAGAAACACCAUGAAGUUAUCGACGUCUGGAGAUGGCCCUGACCAACUCUUUUGGCAGAGUGAGGUCUAUCAAAAGUCAUAUUUUAAAAAUGUUAAGAAUAAGGAAUUUGGCUACUACAACGAUUCCAGCGUUUUCAGGUAUUUGUUCUACCACUGGGUUCAUAGGUGGGCCAACUACUUUGCAACCCGCAACGUUGAACCUUACAAGCUCCCUCCCGUCAUUGUAUCGGACCAAAUACUCAAAUAUCAGCCAAUUUUUUCAAAACACGUGAGCGAUGGAAUAGUCAGGCUUGAUUCUUAUUUGACAGCUCGAUCCCAGUCCACGGGCGCCAAUGUCAAGAAGCCGUACAGAUCAAUACUAUUAAGAGCAUUGGUGCUCACCUUGUGGAAAAGGACGCUGUUCUUGUUUAUUGCGCUGAUAGGUUUCAACCUCUUGAGUAUGAGUAUUUCAAUCCUUGUUGAAAAAACACUCACAUUCCUAGGCGAGAAGUCGUUGAAUUUCGUUAAGACGUUCUUUUUGCUUUUGUCCAUACUUCUAUGUCAGAUAGUAGAAGGGCUGGUUCUCGAAAACAUCAACUUCUACAUGAAUAGGCUGAUGUGUAUCGUUCUCUACCUCUUUUCCAUCUCCACAUGUAUGCAUUCCGUAUGCCACAGGAGGAAAUAUUUCAAUAAUAUAAAUGGUUUUAAUACCUUGAACGUUUGCAAUCAGGUACUGCACAGUUGUUCGCCAGAUUCCGAGUGUUCUAAAAAUCCACUGUAUUGCCAAGCACUACGAUACCAAAACCACGAGAUUACUCCCAAAAUAUUCAAUUUGGAUUUCAAUGAUUGCUUUUUCAUAGGGUCAUCAAUCCAGGCAAUUAAACAGAUAACAGAAUUUUUGACUAAUUUCAUUUAUGGAGCCUACCUGGUCUCAAGGCACGUGAAGGCCAAUUUGUGGCUCUUGUACCUUAUGGGAGUUAUAUUUCUGGUAACCAUGUUUGUAACUGAAUCCUUAAACGCCUAUAUAUACAAAUUCGUUCUGUACUUGAGGGAUUACAAGGUAACAAAGUACAACGACGUUUUACUAUCCCUGGACAAAAUUAAGAAAACCUAUUAUGAUGACAUCGCCAUCAACACUAUAACUCAAGCCAGAAACAACGAACUAUCUUUACUUUUCCUCAACAUGUUUUUGACAUUUUUUAAUAUGACUGUCAACACCUGUUGCGCUAAUGUUUCCUUCUAUAUUAUCAAGAGAUCUUUUGUAAGGUCUGUUGAUAAUGUCUCCCUCGUUACUGAUAUUAACACUGCGGCAUUCAUGGUAACGUUUUACAUAUUCUUAAGAAUGAUCUCUAUAAUGUUUUUGAUACCAAGAGCAAUCAAAAUAUGUGGAAUGGCUUAUGCGUCCUUCAGAAGAUUGGAUAAGUUUUUCGCUGGCUGUUCACCUAAUUUCUAUGCUACUGACACUAGAUUCACAGGUUCUAACAAUGUAGCCUCAAUCGUAACCGAAAUAACCAAUCAAAUUCCGAGUGGUGUUGUCGUCUACUACAAGGACGCCACGUUCACAUGGGUCAAUUCGAGGGAGGAGCUGCUAAAUAAGAACUAUGAACCGUUAUUGAACAACAUCAACUUUGAGCUGAAACGUGGUGAGAUGGCAGUUGUCACAGGCUCAAAAGGUGCUGGCAAAUCAAAUUUUAUCAAAUCAAUGCUUGGUGAGAUGACCCUGGUUGGGGGCUCUAUGGCCGUUGUACCAUUACACACAUCUAUGCCAAUAUUCUAUGCUUCACAGGAUAUAUUCUUGCAACAUGGUACCAUUAGAUCCAACAUUACAUUUGGUCAUAAAUUUGAAGAGGAUGUAUACAAUGCUGUGCUGGCGGCAGUUGAACUUGAACAUGACAUAUCAACCUGGGAGAAGGGCGACCUCAGAGUAGUGUCAGAAAAUGCACACUCACUCAGUGGAGGUCAGAGAGUGAGAAUGGAAAUGGCUCGUGCAGUAUAUGCUUAUCUCGUAUUCCACAAAGUCAACAAACAGUACAACAACAGCAAGUGUUCGUUCCUGAUGUGCUUGGACGCAUCGUUCCAUGGUCUAGAUCCUUACGUAUCCAAAAACAUUUUCAAUAACCUGUUUAACCUUAAAACAGGGUUACUGUCAAAGAAUGAUCUGUCAGUUGUUUUAACGUCAUCAAAACAAACACUCGAAAUAUGUUCAAGGUUGCCUUACCUGGGUGAGGUACCUAAUCCUCCAAUUUACAACGUCAAAAACAAUAAGUUGAAAUUCCAUUCCUACCUACAUGACUUCAUUAAAGUUAACAAACCAGUUAACAAUGAGGAUUACAAAUACUUUUCAACCAAGACAACCGGCCCAUGUGAAAUGAACUAUCUAACUGCCGAUAUGCUGAGUCUGUGUUCAUCUGAUGCCACUACGAGGCAGGGUAGAAUGGAAGUGACCAAGGAAAAAUACAGCAAGUCGUUUAAGUCGUAUGCUAAGGACGAAUUGGCAGGUACUAAAUUUAAUCCCUAUCUAGUUUUCAUGAAGCCUGCAGUUUUAUCUUUCCUCUUAUACAUAUUCCUUACUGUCUCAUUAUCCGUGUUGGAAAACGUGAAGAUGGUUUUGUCAACCAGAUUAUCAGAUUACAUAAGUGAUAAUAUUAAUAAGCACAAAGAUGGCGAAUUUGUUGAUUUAUCUGAAAUUAAAACGCGAGCAAACACCUCAUUGAGAACAAUAACAAUAUUUGUGGCAGUAAUCAUUCUAGUGUCUUUUAUUGCUACUUUAUUUGUUACAGCAGGCUCGUUCAUUUCAUCUCGCAAGCUUCACGAAUAUUCACUUAAAUCGGUUUUCACUCAUAGUUCAUCGGUAUUAAAGGUAAAGAAGCAAAUCACUCAAGUUAUAACAUUCCUUUCAUGUGAUCUUAGUAUGACUGAUGACGGUACCGGGUUAUUAGUGUCUUUAUUGUUAUUUGCAUCAAUUCAGACAAUUAUCAAUAUAGUUACACUGCUUUAUUUAAUUCCCAUUUCGAUCCCUUUUGUGGUUGUGAUUCUGGCCUCUGCGUAUUUUGGUAUUGUAAGAAAAUACGUGACUUCCAUGAGCCGAAUUAACUUCGCGUACUUUGAAUCCCGCUACCACGUCAACGCCGUACUCGAGGAUGCAAUCUCGGGACCAUCUGUUACUAGAAGUUAUAACAAAUUAAAGGAUAUCGAGACUGCAUUUUAUGAACAUAGGGAGUAUUAUGCUAGAUCCAAAUUUAUGCUAAACUUCAUAAUUUCUUGGGGAACAGUAUCGCUGAACUGGAUACUAUCUUUGAUUACUUUGACUGUACUCGUUGUUCCCAAAAUUCUGGAUAAAUAUACUAAAUAUAAGAUGAAAGUAGGACACUUCGGAUUGGCUUUGUCACUAUGCGUUGCUGCAACAAAAUCGUUCACAUUUUUCUCGAUGGUAUAUUCAAUUGCAGAAGUGUUCCUAGUUUCAGUUGUUAGAUUUCAGUACUUUAUUCCUCCGCUUAAAAGACUCGUGUUUGACAAAUGCAUCAACACCCAUGAGGAAGAUGUCGUUAAUCCAAUCGAUAAAAGCCUUACUAGUGACGACAGGAAACGCUUGUUAAAAAGAAGGGCAAUCGAGUUCAAAGCUGAUAACAAGAAGUUCUAUGGAUUGAGAAGACUUUUCUACCAUCCUAGACUAUCCAUUGUCGACUCUACCCUCUUCUUACCUCCUGAACACAAAGGUGUUGAGUUGAAGGAAGUUUGUGUGUAUACUUCGCCUGACCUUAGCACCGAAUCUAUGAUCCUGAAAAACAUCACUGCGUCAGCAAAUAAAUCUGACGUCAUAGGUAUGGUUGGUAGAACAGGUGCUGGUAAAACCACUCUCUUGUCAGUGUUGCAGAACAUAGUUUCACAUAGAGAUGGUCAGGUUUUAUUAGACGGUACCGAUUUGAAUAAAAUACCCAAGGUAAUUCUCAGACAAAUAGUUGGUGUGCUACCUCAACUUCCAUUUGUAUUUAGAGGAUGGACUGUGCGUAGAUUCCUUGAUCCUAGAAGAUUGUUUACUGACGAUGACAUCAACCAAGCUCUUGAUAAUUGUGGUCUCCUGAAGUUUGUCAAUGGCCUUCCUGGUGGAAAGAAAUUAAAUACUGUGUUAUUGAGGGAGCGUUUGGGGUUAUCCAACUAUGAUAGAUAUGCACAUGAUAAGAGAACCGUGUCAGAUCAUGACAGUGAGAUGUCGCUAUCCAAUACCCAACUCAGGACAUUGUCGUUGGCUAGACUCGUGCUAUACAGGCAUUUCUUUAGAGUAAUCGUGGUAGACGAGCCUCCGGAAGAGGACUUGGCCGAAGAAGCAACCAGCAAAGAUGAUCUUGGAAUACCAAUAUACGAGUUAGUUAAGACUUAUUUCCAACAUUGUACCACGUUUGUCACGGCGCAUAACGCACACGUCCUGAAAUCAUGUACAUCUGUAUGGGUGGUACACGACGGUUCCAUAGUGAGGACUUGUAAAACUAGUGAUAUCGCAGCAAAUGAAUCAAUUGCAAAAAUUAUUGAAGAAAACUUUAACCAAUCAUAA